AUGAGCCAUCCUUACCAGAACGUUCAAGAGAUUCAGCGGCAGAUGCAACAGAAGCAGCAAGAGCUGGCAAACCUCCACAACCUUCUCCUCCAGCAAAAUGCAUCUGCCCCAGCUGCCCAGAGCAGUCCCAUGAACAUGCUCCCUACCCAAGGUGACUACCAUGUAGAUGCUGCCUUCCUCCAACAUCAGCAACUGUCAAAUGGCGUCCCUCUGGGCCGCCGGGCCACCAUACCUAGGAGCAAGUCCAAUAUGGGCUACGUUGCCGCACCCACAAGAAUGAUGGAACGCAACAGUGACGACUCACCGCAGCCCGUCAAGCGCGCGAGAGUCAUGUCGCAGCAGCACCCCCGCGCAGCGCCCAUGACGGGCAUGGCAAGAAGCGCUUCCAACAGAUCAGAGAAGUCGAUCCCCUUCGUCGUCAAGGGUCCUCUGCAGCCCCUCCAGACAUCAAAUAACCCAAACACCAUGAUGGACCGCUUCUACCAAAGCCAAGACGACCCUCAUGUGUUGUUCGAGUCCUCUCUGCAGAGCGCGCCGUCAAAUCGUCGCCAUUCCGGCCUCUCGCCAGUCGAGGAACACGCAACCUUCCCAGACCCCGGCGUCGGCAUGAACAUCGCCGACUACCUGGCUGCACAUGACGAGAUACCUUCUCCUGCCAUGAUCCCGCCGCCGCAGCAGAACUACCUGAACCCCUACGACGGCCGCAACUCCCAGGCCAGCCUGAUUACUUCGGCCUGCCCGUCAAUGAGCUCUGGCACCUCUGCCGCCGAGACAAUGCCCUUGACGAGGGAGAACAGCUCCUUCGACAACCGCUUCGACAACCAGUCUCUUAGUGGCGCGUUCGAGAUGGCAAGGAUCAACUCGACCCAGUCGCAGGUCGCCGAAUACAUGCCUUCUGACUUGUACGCUGUCCCACCCACAGGCACUUCGCCCAAUGUCAAGCCUGAGAGCUAUCUCGCCUAUGUCGGGGCCGGCGCCAGCCUCUCGCCGCAUUAUGCUCAGCCGUCGCCCAUGGAAGAGCAAUUCCUCUCGCAAGGCUCUUCCAUGAUGGAGCGCUCCAUCUCCGCCAACAGCACCGCCUCUACAAAGUCAAAUACCGAACGCCGGGCGAAGGAGGCCCGUCUGCAGCAGAUCCAAAAUGCCCACCGGACCAAGAUCUGCCCCAAGCCUCUGGAAGCCGCCAAGUCGUCCCAGUCUACUGCCGCGAAGAAGGAGGGCAAGGUUGCCGUGAGCAAGGGCACCUACACUCGCCCCAAGCACCCCAAGGUCUUCUGUGACAUGUGCAGCGAGCACCCCGACGGCUUCCGCGGCGACCACGAGUUGCGGAGACACAUCAACGCAAAGCACGAGGGCAUCGUCAAGAAGUUCGUGUGCCGCGACCCCUCAACUGUCGGCAUUCAGUCCGGCGUCCAGGCCAUCAACCCGCUGUCCAAGUGCAAGCAGUGUGUCGCUCGCAAACAGUACGGCGCCUACUACAACGCUGCGGCUCACCUCCGCCGUACCCACUUCAAGCCCAAGACUCCCCGUGGCAAGAACAAGAGGGGCGACGACGAGGAGAAGCGCGGCGGCAAGGGCGGCGGUGACUGGCCCCCCAUGAACGAGCUCAAGCAGUGGAUGGAGGAGGUGUUUGUCACCGCCGACGACGAGGCUGCCGAGGCCGAGGCCCAGGAAGAAGAGGAGGAAGAGGCCGCACAGUUCGACCCCUCCAUGUCGAUGGAUCUGUCCCUCGGGCACAUGGGCGAGAACAUGAACUACGACAUGGGUUUCACGACAUCUUACCACAUGCCCGAACUGGCGGCUAUCGACACCUCUCAGGCCUCAUACCUGGCUGUCUCCAACAUGCCGCUCUCGUCCGCGUCGGAAGCAUUUGCCUUUUCGCCCUUUACUUCAAACUCGCCAAUGAACGGUCUGUCGCACGAGCCGGCCUUCUCCAUCUCAUCCUCAAACACUGUCACACCAACAACCUUUCAGGACCCGCUCGCCGAGGGUUUCGACGGUUAUGCCGCCUACUGA